AUGGCAGCCCGGCGCGGCGGGCGGCGCGGGGCACUGUGGGCCGGUGGCGGACCGCGCCCGGCGGGAUGGAGCAGUACAUGGUGCUGGGCCGCAUCGGGGAGGGCGCGCACGGCGUCGUGUACCGGGCCAAGCACCGGCAGACCGGGGAGCUGGUGGCGCUGAAGAAGGUGCCGCUGCGGCGGCCCGAGGAGGGGCUGCCCCUGCAGACCCUGAGGGAGAUCAAAGCCCUGAGGGAGAUGGAGGCGCACCCGAACGUGAUCCGGCUCCGCGCCGCCUUUGCUCAGGGCCCGGCGGUGGUUUUGGCUCUGGAGCUGCUGGUGGCGGAUCUCGGGGGGCUCCUGCGGGCGGCCCCCGCCCCGCUGCCCCCGGCCCGGGUGCGGGCGCUGCUGGCCAUGACCCUGCGGGGGCUGGGCCACCUGCACGGGCAGCGCCUGCUGCACCGGGACCUGAAACCCGCCAACCUGCUGCUGGACAGCGCCGGGCGCCUCAAGCUGGCGGAUUUUGGGCUGGCGCGGCUGCUCAGCCCCACCCCGGGGCGCCCCUACAGCCACCAGGUGGCCACCAGGUGGUACCGCGCCCCCGAGCUGCUCUACGGCGCCCGGCGCUACGACGAGGGCGUGGAUUUGUGGGCCGCCGGGUGUAUCCUGGGGGAGCUGAUCACGCUCGCGCCGCUGUUUCCCGGUGACACGGACCUGGAGCAGCUCUGCCGCGUGCUGAGCGCGCUGGGAACGCCCCGGGCCCGCGACUGGCCGGAGCUGGCGGAGCUGCCGGAUUUCCCCAAGCUGCGGUUCCGGCCGCGGGCGCCGCCGCCGCUGCAGCUGUUGGUGCCGGGGGCGGAUGCGGCUGCACUGGACCUGCUGCAGCGGCUGCUGCAUUACUGCCCCGGAAUGCGGCCCCGAGCGCAGCAGGCCCUGCUGCACCCCUUCUUCUUCGGGCCGCAGGAGCUGAGCCCCCCCCCCGCCCCGGGGGGGUCCCGGCGGAACCCCAACUUCAGCCUGGAGAGGGCGCUGGAGCUGCCCCCCCGCGGGGCGCUGGGACCCCUCCCCGAAUUGGGGACCCCCCCCGCGGGGCCCUGA